AGCUGGGUGGCGGCGGCGGCAAAGCGGCGGGGCGGGCCAGGCCGAGAAAAGGAUGCGCUGGUUCGGGGAGCGUUCCCCAGGCUGCUCGUGCCUGGGGCUGGGCGGGUGAGCGGGUCUCCCUACAGGCAGGAGGCGCUCCAGGAGCGCCUGCAGGCGCCGGUGGCCCAGCCCCGUCCGCGCCGGGAGAAGCAAAGCGAAGGGGGCGAAAUUGUCCGUGGCAGCAGCGGCGAGGGAAGGAGGGGGCGGGCUGAAGGGUGCUCCUGGACUGGGUCCCUCUUCUUGCCACCGCCGCUGCCGCCGCCGCCGCCUUCCAGCCGCAUCAUGGCCGCGAAGUCGGACGGGGGGCGGCUCAAGAUGAAGAAGGGCAGCGAGGUGGCGUUCACACCGCUGCAGAACUCAGAGCACUCGGGCUCGGUGCAGGCGCUGGCCUCGGGCUUGCCCUCGGCUGCGGCGGGGCCCGGCGGCGCGGAAGACGACGAGGCGCCUGGCGGAGGCUGCUGCAGCUCCGGCAGCGGGAGCCGAGGGGACAGUGGAGGCGGCUGCCGCCGCUGCUGUGCCAGCGGCGGCGGAGGAGCCAGGGCGGCGGGGGGCUCGCGGGGCUCGGGCGGGGGCUCGUCGUCGCUGUGCUUGCGGCUGGGCAGGGAGCAGCGGCGCUACUCGCUGUGGGACGGGCUGUGGAUCCUGGCCGCCGUGGCUGUGUACUUCGCGGACGUGGGCACGGACCUCUGGCUGGCGGUCGACUACUACCUGCGGGGCCAGCGCUGGUGGUUCGGGCUGACGCUCUUCUUCGUGCUGCUCGGCUCCCUCUCGGUGCAGGUCUUCAGCUUCCGUUGGUUCGUCCACGACUUCAGCACCGAUGACAGCGCCGCGGCGGCUCCCGCCUCCUCCUCGGCUGCCGGCGGCGGCGGGCACGCCGAGAGCAAACUGCUUGUGAGCAGCGGCUCGGCCGCGGGAGACAUGGACGCCGGGGCUCGGCCGGGCACGCCGCAGAGGCAGGCGUCCAAUGCCAGCAAGAGCAACGCGACCAACAGCAGCAACAGCAGCAGCACCAACGCGACCACCACCACCACCAGUGGAGGCGGCGGCCCUGGAGGCGUCGGCGUCAGGCCCCCCAAGAGCCGGUCCGCCUCCUGCGCCUUUUGCAUCUGGCUCAUGCAGUCCCUCAUCCACAUCUUACAGCUGGGACAGAUCUGGAGGUAUUUCCACACUAUAUACUUGGGCAUCCGAAGUCGACAGAGUGGAGAUAAUGACAGAUGGCGCUUUUAUUGGAAAAUGGUCUAUGAGUAUGCAGAUGUGAGUAUGCUGCAUUUGCUUGCUACGUUCCUGGAAAGUGCUCCACAGCUGGUCCUGCAGCUCUGCAUUGUUGUACAAACACGUACACUUCAGGCCCUUCAAGGUCUAACUGCUGCAGCAUCUCUUGUGUCUUUGGCAUGGGCUUUGGCUUCAUAUCAAAAAGCUCUCCGUGACUCCCGCGAUGACAAGAAGCCUAUCAGCUAUAUGGCUGUAAUAAUCCAGUUUUGCUGGCAUUUCUUCACAAUUGCAGCCAGGGUGAUUACUUUUGCUCUUUUUGCCUCUGUUUUCCAACUGUACUUUGGGAUCUUCAUAGUCCUCCACUGGUGUAUCAUGACCUUUUGGAUCGUCCAUUGUGAGACGGAAUUCUGCAUCACUAAGUGGGAAGAGAUUGUUUUCGACAUGGUUGUUGGGAUAAUUUAUAUCUUUAGUUGGUUCAACGUCAAGGAGGGAAGGACACGCUGUAGGCUUUUCAUUUACUAUUUUGUGAUCCUUUUGGAAAACACUGCCUUGAGUGCUCUUUGGUACCUGUACAAGGCUCCUCUGAUUUCUGAUGCAUUUGCCAUACCGGCACUAUGUGUGGUGUUUAGCAGCUUUUUAACCGGCAUUGUUUUUAUGCUGAUGUACUAUGCCUUCUUUCAUCCUAAUGGACCAAGAUUUGGGCAGUCACCAAGCUGUGCUUGUGAGGACUCAGUAGCUGCCUUUACUCUUCCUCCAGAAGUAGCAUCAAGUACUUUAAGGUCUAUUUCUAAUAAUCGGAGUGUCACAAGUGACCGGGAUCAGAAAUUUGCAGAGAGGGAUGGGUGUGUGCCUGUCUUUCAAGUGAGGCCUACUGCACCUUCUACCCCUUCAUCCCGGCCACCAAGGAUUGAAGAAUCUGUAAUCAAAAUUGAUCUGUUCAGAAACAGGUAUCCAGCAUGGGAGAGACAUGUCUUGGACAGGAGCCUAAGGAAGGCCAUUUUAGCUUUUGAAUGUUCUCCUGCUCCUCCGCGGCUACAAUAUAAAGAUGAUGCCCUUAUACAGGAGCGCUUGGAAUAUGAAACAACACUAUAAAUACAAUUUUUAAGGAGAAAAUGCAGCGGCUAUGAUACAGAUUCAAAUAAAAGGGUGACAAUAGGGCCGUGGCAAUAACUGCAUUCUACAACAGAGUGACAAAAUAUAGUAGUGUCCUUAGUCUGGCUACCAUCAUGAUUAUCAUUUGAUCCACUGUCCUGCAGCCUGUCUGCAAUACAUCUAUAAAACAGCAGCAUCCAAAAGCCUCAAAAACAAAAACAAAAAAAACCCAAAACAAAAAUCUCAACUGAGAAAUAGACCUAGUCCAUUCAUAACUUCCUAUUGCUUUCAAAGUGCACUGCACAGUACUUAAAAGUAAAAGAGGAAAGUUUGAAAGGUGGCAUCAACAUACCACAGUGCAUUUUUUAAUAUUUUAUUUUACAGAACUUCAGCAUUGAUGUUUACAUAGUCAUUUACAAAAUGAAGAAACAGUUUGAGAAAAUGUGUCAAAACCAGCUUAUUUUGUAAGAGGCAAUGUUACUGUUAUGUGAACUCUAGUUUCUAUAAAAGAAAUUAUAAAAUUAUAGUCCUCUAGUCUUUAAUAGGUAAAUCAUAAAUCCUUUGCAAAAGAAUUAUCAUUGAAAAAGACAUUAAUAAUUUUUAUCCAAAACCUAGAACAAAAUUAAAUUCUAAUUCAGCAAAUUACAGGUGUUGUAAUCAUAGGGGCUGUUUGUUUAUUUAUUACAAACAUUAUUGUUAUACACAUAACUUCAAAGUUUGGGGUUUUGUUUACAGAAAUCUUACAGAUAAUCCCACCAAUUCCAUCAAGAAUCUGGAGCUCUAGUACUUAGCAAAGUACAUUAAAUGAUAAUCAUGAUUAAGUUUUCAAAUGCAAAGAGAAAGGGAGGGAGGGAGAGAAAGCAACAAGAAGAAGGUGUAGAUUCAAUAUUCUAAACCAUUUGAGGACCAUGUAUAGAAUGACAUCAAAAUAUGAAUAGUCUUUUGACCUAAAUCUUUUUCAAGACCCCCAGGAUGCAUGGCUCUGUGUGUGAAUGUAUGUAGAAGGUGUGAUAAUAUACCACAACAUAUCAUGCCCUUCUAGUGCCAAACAUUGUGUAACUACAAAAUUGAUAUUGUUGUCUGAGGGACAGAAAAUGGGUGAGCACAAGUCUGAAAGAAGCAAGAAGCUGGGAAGAACAAUCAUACUUUCCACAUUUGCAGAUAAUGCUGUUUGCUCCUGCUGAAGGUGAAAAUCAGCCAUUUGUCUGUAAGUAUACAUAUACAAUAAACCAAGCUGUGUGCAAGAUUUUUUUUGUGAACUGGCCAAGACCUGUUUCUAUAUCUAUCAAAUGUUAUUUGUACAAGAGUGCUAUUGCUUGCAAACAUCAUCUGGGUAUGAAAUACCUCCCUUUUAUCUCUCUUUAUGUUCAAAGUAUCCCUUGAUGGUGCUUUCAGUUGCAUUAAAGGUGCAAGUCAAAA